UUGUGAAGCUCGCGUUGCGUUCGCUCGAUUUUUCACAUACGAUUCUAAAAAGUAAAAUUGUAAAGUAUUAUUUUGUGACUUUAUUUUGAUUGGCGCUACAUUUUACACCGUUCUGUGGUUUGAAAUUGAGACAUUAAUGAUGAAUAUGAAUUCACUUAUCGAUCAUAAUCAACACUUGCCGCAGCAACUUACGGAACCACCAAUAAGCCGGCCACCACCAACAGCCGGUGUGAAAAAGGGUCGCAGUAAAAAGAUAGCCCUUGCUACGGGACUUUCGGUCCCGCUCGAGGAAGCUUUAAAGAUGGAGCUGACAACAAACAAUAUGAAAACGCCGAUAUCGGUGUUGCAGGAGCUGCUGAGUCGCCGCGGCAUCACACCGCAGUAUGACUUGAUCCAGGUGGAGGGAGCCGUACACGAACCCACGUUCCGUUAUCGUGUUUCGUAUCAGGACAAGGAUGCUAUGGGUACUGGAAAAUCUAAAAAGGAGGCUAAACAUGCGGCUGCCCGGGCGCUGAUCGAUAAGCUGGCUGGAUCGAACUUCCACGAUUUGGCCGGGGGACAUAUAAGCGUUACGCAAGAGAACCUUACCAAUCAUAACACUAACACACCCGGCGGAGAAGAGGAGCCAUCGGGCAAUCCGAUCGGUUGGCUCCAGGAGAUGUGUAUGGCACGCCGCUGGCCCCCGCCAUUGUACGAGAUGGAAAUGGAGGAAGGUCUGCCGCACGAGCGCCAGUUCACGAUAGCAUGCGUCGUGUUAAAAUACCAUGAGGUCGGUGAGGGUAAGAGUAAAAAGAUCGCCAAACGUCAGGCGGCACAGAAGAUGUGGCAGCGCCUGCAGGAUCAGCCGCUAGAACCGAGUCAAACAAUGCAGCUGCUCGACGACGAUGGCAACGAAGAGCUACGCCCCACAGGAAUUGGUGGACGCUUUGCCGGCCUAAAAGAUGCCGGCAUACCGAGCCUCACGACCGCCCAUAGCCAAAAGGUUUCCCACUUCCACAAAGCGCUCAAGUCUCGCAGUGGCGAAACGUUGACUAAACUAAAGCAAACUAGCCUGAGCGAUAGGAGUAUCAAUUUCAAAGCCCUGCUGGACGAGAUCGCUAACGAGCAACGCUUCGAGGUAACUUACGUGGAUAUCGAUGAGAAGACGCAUAGUGGCAUGUACCAGUGUCUGUUACAGCUGUCCACCCUGCCGGUUGCCGUCUGCCACGGUACGGGCAAAACUAUCUUGGACGCGCAAAUGCAUGCCGCACGCAACUCACUGGAGUAUCUGAAAAUUAUGACGCGAUCUUAGGUACACAAUGAUAUGGGUACAUUUUAAGCCCAAGACGCAACACAGUGUUGUAAAAUUUGGGGGCGCUCUAAAAAUGGUUAGCUAGCAGGGGAAAGCAGAACAAAAAAGCGGGGGGAAACCUUGGGCUUAUCGUUCACAUGCGCCUACCGCGGUAUUCUUGGAACGUAUGCGAAAACCCUGCCUCACACAGCGCACGUCCCAUAUCGUUCAAGUAAGUGCGUAAAUGACCAUCAAGAGAAUAACUGGCAUAUUCACCUCACGUGGUGUGGAUGAUAUAAUGCUCUUUUGUAAGGCACACAUUUUUCUUCACCAUUUUUGAACCAAUUUCACAACGGAAUUUAAAAUAAUGAUAAUGAUAGGACCAGCCAUAUCUCACAUAAUGACAGUUUUUUUGUGCUUGCUUUCUAACAGUUCUAACCUUUGAAUUGUAGUUACUUUGCUCGAAAAUAUGAGGUAUGGCUCUAGUCUUUAUUUCACGUUGAAUAAUUUUAUUUCAACUAACUCAUUUUCUAUUUUCUCAAAUUUAUCUAUAUAUUUUCUACCUUUUACAUAGAAAUUUUGAUUUGAAUUAAACAAAUGGGACGAUCAUAAUGGUUACUAUUUAAAGUAGCAUUGAAAUUGAACAAACAUACUUACAGUUCAUGCGCAAUAAACUCUUCAUACAGGUGUUUUAUUUUUCAAAUGUAUCAUAAAAGACUUGCUCGAAUACUUUAUUGCGUAACUGUAUAAAUAUAUUAAUAUAUAUUCUGAAUACAUAAAUAACCUUGUAUUAAAUCAAUCUGAUAGAAUUUUCCACACCAAUUGGAAGUGACAACCAUAAUGAAAAGUGUAUGAAAUGAAGCUACGUAUUAAUGCAUCGGGAACGAUAGUGCUAUCAGGAAACUUAAAAAAUUACUCAAUCGCUGUCUUGUUGUACCGGUUAUUUAUGUGGAUAGAAUCAUAUUGAGCAGAACCAAACCAAUCAGUUAUUGGAAAAGCAAAAUGCUAAAAAAAGAAAUGAGGCCAAUGUUUACAUACAAACAAACCGAACUAACGACAAAUGUGAGAUUGAUCAUUUGAUCAAACGUGAGGAAGCAAAAAUGUGUGUACAUCUCAACGUCCUCGCCACGCAAAACUAAUACUCGGCAUUGGGACCACCACAGCGGUCUUCGUCGGGUUGGUAGAAUGUGGGCCAGUUUGGUUUCGAGCGACUCACUUCGCCGUCAGCAUUCCUGCUGGAAUGUCAUCGUAUCAUACAAGCUAUACUUUGCAUGGAACUAGUGGAUUUUAUUUUCCAGUGAAGAAGAAGAAGAAGAAGCAUGGAGAGCACUCAUCUAAUUCCGUCACUCCACUAAAAGUGGGUUAAUUCUACAUCACACGAUAGAUAAUUUAGGACUACUAUUACGUUUUGUUGUGUGUGUGCUUUUAAUUAACGAAUAAGCAUAAUUAUUGGAACCGUUUUAUCAAACCGGACAUAAACAAUGGGUAUCAGUCGUUAGGAACUAUGUGGACGCUAUGAAAAUCACUAACACCGGCAAUCUGAAUCAACAUUAUUCGUGAAAUGGACCAGGACGCAAUUGCAUAUUUCCCACCGUCGAGGUUUCUUCUGCAAAGGAAAUUUAAUGCAUGUCUUGCCAAAAAUGCGGUUUGAUUCAGGAUACGUGUCGUGCCACUACUAACUCUGAUAGAUCGAGAAUAAUCCCUCUCAAAUGCAUUAAAAUUUUCAUUUUUUUUUUGUUUUCAAAAGCUGCUCCUACAUGAAUUGCGCAAAAUCUGGCGAAAUAAGUGUGAAAGUUUGAAAAACAAUCUCUAAAAAGAGUUGCUAUUCUCAUCACUAAUCGAAUCAUAAAACUUAAAUUUUUUUUGCAUAUUAAACCGACGAUUUCGUCAUUCCGGAACUUCUGUUCGCCCUUCAUGUAGAAGUACCUUUGUGGUGUGCACGAUGUUUUCCGAUAGAGUAUCAUUUGUUGUAAUCAUGCUUUGCAAUCCAAUCGGCCCAAUCGUUUGGAAAUGUUAGAACUCGUUACUUCAUUCAAAAUCAAAAACAAACAAAAACAUGCGCAGUCAUUAGUGGGACAACAGUCCUACUCGUUUAGUAACAGCAAACGGCGGAAACAAAACUCACAUCCUUUAAUUAACGUAACUAGCAGGCAACGGUCCCAGGCUUGUAGGGAAAUGGGCAUUAAUUUAGUGCAAAGUAUAGAGGUUGUAUCAUUAUGAUUGGAUCAA